AUGGCCAAACUCUCUUCUCCGACUGGAACCAAAUCUGUCUCUCGAUGGAUUAACCAAGUAUCUGCUCUUGCGCUUAGAGCCGUGCGAACUGUUACACAAGAAGCUGGUCAUGGCAAGGCCGAGGUAGAAAUCAAGCCAAAUGCUCAAACGUUGCGCCAAUACAACACAAACACCACGGGCGACGACCUGCUAAAAGAUCUCUCGGGAGAAAUCCAGGGCAAAGUCAUUGUGACAACCGGUGUCACUCUGGGCUCGCUCGGCGGCACUUUUGUUCAGACCAUAGCCAAAGCUCAACCUGCUGUUCUGAUCCUUGCGGGACGCAACUUGGACAAGGCGCAAGCAACCGCUGAUGCCAUCAAGACGGCUCAUCCCAAUAUUGAUGUUCGCAAGGUUCAAUUAGACCUCGGCUCUUUCGCCGCAGUGCGCGAGGCUGCUGCUACCAUCAACUCUUGGACAGACAUGCCUCAUAUUGAUGUCUUGGUCAAUAAUGCCGGUAUAAUGGGCACGGAUUUCAAGCUCACAGUUGACGGCUAUGAAGAACAAUUCGCAAGCAACCAUCUCGGCCAUUUUCUUUUCACCAAUCUAAUCAUGGAUAAACUCUUGGCUUCUAAAGCACCAAGAGUAGUUGGCAUUUCUAGCGAAGCGCAUCGUCUCAGCCCCAUUAGAUGGAGCGACUAUAAUUUCAGUGACGGCGAGUCGUACGAUAGAUGGCAGGCAUACGGACAAUCCAAGACGGCCAACAUUCUCAUGUGCCUUGCUUUGGCGGACAGACUAGGGGCAAGCCACGGUUUAACGGCUUUUAGUCUUCAUCCAGGCGUUAUAGCGACUAAGCUGGUUGAGCAUUUUGAUUUUACGGUUGCAUUGCCAGAAAUGACGGCUCUCGACAAAUCCCUUGGAAACAUCAUAUGGGAUGAAAUCCCAUGGAAGACUCCUGAGAGAGGUGUGGCCACUCACAUCUACGCUGCUUUUGAGCCCAGUUUGAAAGGGUAUAACGGCGAAUAUUUGCAAGAUUCCCGUAUUUCAGACCCGUACACAGAUACUGUUAGGCCGUGGGCUACGAGCAGAGUAGAGGCAGAUCGUCUCUGGAAGCUGAGCGAGAAGCUUGUUGGACAGGAAUUCUCGUACUAG